UUCAAUAUCCUGAACAUUGCCUGUUAUGACACGCCUCUUUUCGAGUUUCGCAAGUGAAGCGACGCCCGGAUGAAACAACGCCUGUGUGGUGGACUGAUAAGAUGCAGACCAUUAAGUGUGUGGUGGUGGGUGACGGUGCUGUUGGGAAGACCUGCCUGUUGAUCUCCUACACCACCAACAAGUUCCCCUCGGAGUACGUCCCCACGGUGUUUGAUAACUAUGCAGUUACAGUGAUGAUUGGAGGCGAACCCUACACUCUGGGGUUGUUUGACACUGCAGGUCAGGAGGACUACGAUAGGCUGCGGCCGCUCAGCUACCCCCAGACAGAUGUCUUCCUUGUGUGUUUCUCCGUCGUAUCACCUUCCUCCUUUGAGAACGUCCGUGAGAAGUGGGUCCCCGAGAUCUCCCACCACUGUCCGCGUACGCCCUUCCUGCUUGUGGGUACCCAGAUGGACCUGAGGGAUGACAGCAACACUGUGGAGAAGCUGGCUAAGAACAAGCAACGGCCCCUUGCCCCUGAGAGCGGAGACAAGCUUGCCAGGGACCUCCGGGCUGUGAAAUACGUGGAAUGCUCUGCCCUCACCCAGCGAGGUCUGAAGAAUGUGUUUGACGAAGCCAUCCUGGCCGCGCUGGAGCCACCAGAGACCAAGCCCAAGAAGCGCUGUGCACUCUUAUAGGGCCGGGGAUAAGGCACGAGAAAUAUAGAGAGGGGAACAGGUGGACACGGGGGACAGAUAGACCAAACCGGUAGGACGUUAGAGGGAGGGAGGGGGGGAGCAAGAGAAGACUAGCGAGACAUUUGUUUAACAGUGCCUUGAGCUAUAAAAAUUGGGCCGGGGCAACGUCAGUAGGGGUGGUAAAAAACAGCCGUAGAAAUACAUGUGAUAGAUGUGUAAAUCUAUGGUUCUGCCACCAAGCUUAUGCAUUCUCUUCCUAAUCUGUAAGUAGUACUUCUUUAAAGGGCAGCAUAGCAAUAGGGAACAGGUAAAGGUUUUGUCUUACAGUACAAACAAAAUGGGUUACACAAACACAGGGAGACGGUGUGGCAUCUAUUUUGCGUUUUGAUCCUGACUGGAAAUAUUUGCUUGCUGCACAGUCUAGACGCACACGCCCAGUGCUUGACUGCCUUCGACCUUCUCCCGCUUUCUCCUGCAAACAGCCUGCCGUAGUUGUAAAAAAACCAGCUUCUUCCCAGAUCAACUCUUCUGCUCCUGCCAUCUGCCAUCGCCGCUCCAAUGGAAACUACAAGUGCUUCUUACUUCCUCUGGUUUUUCACCGCCCCCUGAUGGCAAUAACAUGAACUGAAUUUUCCCUUCCUUUUUGCCAUUGUUUUUGAGAUUAAUGGUGUAUUAAUGAUGAUUAUAAAUGAGUAUUAUAUAUUUUGUGGCUUUUAUUUUUUGGGAUUACCCCUAGAGGUUAGCAGUUUGGACUCUAGUUGUUUUUUAAAAAUAUAUAUUUUUAUUUUUUUGAUGGUUGCGUGCCAAUGUGUUGUCACUGGUUUCAUUUGACAACAACCAUAAUAUGCCUCUAAUGACUAUGUGGCUGGUCGUGAUAUCAGUAGUAAUAACAGCAAAAAGCAAUAAUGGUUAUAAGUAACAAUAAUGGCUCAAUCGAAGCAUCCUCAUCCGGUUCUUGGAAAUCAAGGGUUAUUUGAAAUAAAAAAACUUGAAUUUGAAA